AUGCCCGCUGAUGGGCCAAGCAUAAACCUCUGUAAGGUCGUGCAUUCUGCAGUGGCCCUAGGAUACCCAAUGCCUACCAUUUUGAACUGGAACGGAGAGUUUAACAGACCAGAUUGGCACUUUUCAGGCUCCCAUAUCGCAAAGCUUGAGUCCCUUCUCGUCGCUCUUGAUGAGCUCUCUGAAGGAAGGCCUGACGCUGACAAGGACGUGGCGCUCCUGGUAGACGCCUAUGACAUAUGGUUCCAACUGCCCCCUUCGGCCCUGCUAGAAAGGUUUCACAAAGCCAACUUGGAAUCAGAUGCGAGGGUUCGGCAACUAUGGGCGGAUUCCGGCUACGAUCCGCAGUUCCCUGUCGCUCCGCCACAGCAAAACAUCAUCAUCACCACCGCCAAGGACUGCCAACCAGGCGCGGAAUCCGGAUCUCGUCCCAACUAUCCUUACUGGCCAGACUCGCCCCUACCGGACGACUUUUUCGGGAAAGACACCGACAAGAUUGACUCCUACGCGGACUCUGCAAGGAGAUAUAGGAAGGUUCGACCGAGGUGUGUGAAUAGCGGGAUGAUCAUGGGCGAGGUAGGACCUCUCAGGGCCGCACUUCGAAAAUGCAGAGAAAAGGUCAAGGCAGUAUCGCAGAAAGGACGACAGCUGUGGAGCGACCAAGCCUUGAUCGCAGAGGUCAUUGGAGAACAAGAGAUGUGGCGGGAGUGGGUUCGAGGCCUUUUGCUUUCCGAUAAUAAUCGCACACUUGGCAACCUACGAGGCGAAGCCAGGGGACUUGUCAAGAUUGGAAAGAAAGCUCUCGAUGGAGAACGUUUCGAAUUUGGCAUCGGUCUCGACUACAACUUCAGCACGAUGCCUCCCACCUGCUCUGCUGAGGAGCAAGGCACUUUUGUCAAAUGGGCCGACAGAGGCGCUAUCCGAGAGGCUUCGAAAGAGGCUGGGGUCCCAGAACCAGUCAGGGUCCCUCGCACACCGACAGGUCUUGGGGGCUCAUCCAGCCCUCUCCCGGGAAAUGGGCUAUCAUGGGCGGAUGUGCCUUUGUACACUGACCUCUUCUUCGGAGAUGCUCCGGUUGGGAUCCACCACAACGCCUACAUUUCCGGCAUGAAAGCGUGGAGGCUGGAGAACUGGUGGAACUUGACAUGGUUCUAUCCCCAUCUUCGAGACUUAAUCACCAUUCAACUCCAACAGCAGAACAACCCGAAGCAAUUGGCACGAAUUCCUAUUGGGGCCAUGAAGCAGACCGAAGUUGUUUACUGGGCCCCCCAGGACGACACAGGGGUGCGAACCAUCAAAAACUUCAAAUGGUCAAAGCACGGAGCAGAGGUAACGCCUUUGAGUUGGGGCGGCAUUUGCCAAGUUGGUCAGGAAGAGUGGCAUGGCCGCAUUUACGGUGAUGGAAGAGGGGCUGUACCAUAA